UGGGCAGCAGAAGACGAUGAGAUAUUGCUAUCCCUCAUUACGUCUGGUAAUUGGUCUUACAUAGCAGAAACGAUAAACACCAUGCGAGCAACCGUCUCUGGCUUCAGACGCACACCAUAUGAGUGCUAUGAUCGCUGGAAAUCAAUUGAUGACAUAAGCAAAUACAUAAUACAAGAUAAUGAUGCAUCGAGCUCUGAAAACGAAGAGAUAUCCUCAGUUUUCGGUACAUCUGGUGCAGGUACAUCAGCGGGCACAUCCUCACCAAGUUUCACAUCUGGCAGCAAAAUAAGAAAAGAACUACAUAGGAAAGAUUCGAAAAAUAAAAUACCGAAAUUUGAUCCAGCAAAGAGCCGACGUCAGGCUAACCUGGCAGAAGCUAUUAAAAAGUCAGCAAGGAAGAGAGAGGAGACCGUCAGGAGACCACAUAUAGCACAAUCUAAGAAAACUGCAGAGAUCACAGCUUCCUCGACGAGAACACCGACACCUUUGGAAUUAAGUCGACUUAAAUUGGACCAAGAUCGCGUACAACAGCAGGUUAUACAAGAGCAGAGGCAGGCUGCUGCUCUAGCUAUGCAAGGGCGGCAAUCGUCGACCAUACCUCGCCCUUCACUGCAAGGAGUUUCUCAUAUACCUGGACAACUUAGCCAAUCGGUCACCCGCCCCGUAGCUGCUAACACAGUCACAUCAGCUAAUCAACAUCAAAUUCACGCUCUAUUGAUGCAACGACAUGCACAGCAGGUACUGAGCCAGCGGGCCCCUCAACAGCAGUAUUCACAAAUGACCCCGGCAAUAACUCAGGUUACUCAACAAAUAAUGGCAGUACAAAACCCCCAAUUUCAUCCAUUUUUCAAUCGCGUCCAAGCCCGUGCUACUCAACUAUUACAAGGCGCUCAAGUGUCGGUCACGCAGCAGCAACAACAGCAACAUGUUCAUCAGCAUGGACAACAACAGCCUGGCGGACUAACUUAG